AUGUGUUUGGAAGAAGCUUAAGAUGACAAGGGAUUGGAUAAAUUUUUGAAAAUGGCUAUCAAAUAUUAUGAAACUAAAUAUGGAACUCCAUAAAGGAACUUGAGGGAGAAGGCAAUGACUUUAUGGCUUGAUUUACCAUCUUAUAAAGACAAGAUGAUCGUGAUGGAAUUUAUGUAAAGGAAGAUUGAUAAGAUUGAGUCUUCAUAAAAAAAAAUCACUUAAUUCUUUAAAUCAUACUCCAAACCAUCUGCGACUAAGAUUAUUAAAUAGGUUGAUCAGGUGGAUGAUUAAGAAAUUACAGGACCACUGAUAGAAGAGAAUACUCCUAAGAAGAGGGACAAAUCACCAUAUAGUAAAUUCUAUGAGGAAACGUAUUGGAAGCUUAAAUUAGAAUAUGAAUCUCUAAAUUAAAAGGAGAUCAGACAGAUGGUGAAGAAAUAAUGGGAGAGUAAUAGAAAGACAAUUUAAUUUGGUUGA